AUGCGCUUCUUCCAGGCUAUCCUUUCCUCCGCGGCUUUCGCUGCUCUCGUCGCUGCCCUCGAGAUCAACGACUUCCCUGCCCAGGGUGUCGUUGCCGGCAACUCCUACACCAUCACCUACUCCCCGGCCGAUGAUGUCCCCACUACCUUCAUCCUCCGCCAGGGAAAGUCCACCGACCUUGAUGUCAUUGGCACCUUGACCACCACUGCUACCGGUGGAAAGUUCCAGUGGACCCCCAGCAAGGAUCUCCCCAGCAAGAGCGACUAUGCUCUUGAGAUCAAGCGCGGCGACACUGUCAACUACUCUGCCCAGUUCCCUCUUACUGGCGGCGCUGCCUCCGACAACACCCCCUCCUCUUCCAGCUCGCCUUCUUCGUCUGCCGCCCCCUCGUCCUCUGUCAAGCCCUCUUCUUCUUCGGCUUCUCCUAGCCCUUCGGCUUCCGGCUCCUCUUCCAUCACCUCGGCUGCUUCUAGCACCCCCUCCGCCUCUGUCUCCACUCCCGCUAGCAACUCCACCAUCAGCUCGGUUACUCUCUCCCGCACUCCUUCUCCCUCGGCCACCCGCACUCCCACCGGCUCUGCCAGCGUCCCCGAGGUCACCGCUUCCGGCGCUGACUCUAUCCUCGCCAACCCUCUUGCCGCUAUCAUCGGCGCUGCUGCUCUGGUCUUCUUCGCCUAA